CGGACAGAACACAGAAGCUGUUGAUGACUCAUGCCAGACGGUCGUUUUAUUUUUUUUAUUGGUUGCUCAUUUUAUCUACAGUCAUCAGUAAAGCCAUGUCUGCCACGUGUCUUACUUCCGGGAGCCAACAAAAUUCACAUCGGGUGCCAUCGUUUAUGUUCGCCCGCCAUCAACAUCGCAGCAAACCUUCGUCUACUCGCAGUAACAACAUUGUUGACAGGUUUAUUCCAUCUCGCUCAGAAACAAAUAUGCAGUUGGCUCAGCAUCGUUUGUCGCCCAUGUCACAUCUUGCCGGAUAUUAUUACGACUCUGAGCAACAGGACAGCCCCCGACAAAGCACGCCAAUUCUCAAGUUCGGCAAUAAAGUUGUGAAAGAAAAACCUAUGGCUUCUUUGGCUUGUGGUACAACUCCUACAUCCAAAUUCAAAAUCCCCACUUCACCCCAUCGAGUGAUGCCAGUCCUGCAACCUUUUAGAGAACAUGGUAACCAGAGCACACACUGGACGACACCACACGGAAUCGAAGGAUUCGUGGUGGCCUUAAGAGAUGGAGUUACCUUUUAUUAUCAAGACAACGAGAACAAGGACUACACGGAACAUGAGUUUUGGAACAACGAAGAAGACAUGGGAAACCCCGGAGACCAAAUCCGUCAUGUUAUAUGUAAUAGCACAGGUGAUUCCGUCAUUAGCGGAUCCAUGGGCGGGGAAAUUCAAAUACUCGAUCUCAAGUCUCCCAUUCACAUCAAGUGGCGCAUGUUCUCAGAGUCGGGAAUACAUUCCAUCGCACUGGGACAGGAUCAUCUACUCACCUGUGCCGCCUCAACUGAAGGGGUCGGGGUUUACGACCUCCGCCAAACGGGUGGGUCCACUAAACCCAUUUUCUCACUGAAUCAGAAUCUCGCCGCUCAUAGCCUCUCCUGGUCAACCAACGGACAUUUACUGGCUGUCGGCUGCGGGUCUGCAACUUCCUUGUGGGAUGUCCGCCAUCCAUCCAAAGCAGUUAAUAUUUUCAGAAACCCCGGAGACGAAAAUCCCGUCAGAGUCAUGAAUUGGUGUCCCUGGAAACCCAAUGUUCUCUUUACCAGCACAAGUUAUCCAGAGUCGAGCAUCCGCCUUCACAAUGCAACGACGGGAGAGUUGAUUGACGACUAUGAAUGCGCAUCAGAAGUUUCGGGGAUCCAAUUUAACGUCGAGCUGGAACAAAUUGCCACCUCACAUACUGAUUUUGGAAGAGCAGAUGCUAUGAGACAUAUUGAUGGCACAGAAAGCUGCGUUAGGCUCUGGGAAUUUACUUCUAACAAAUUGAAUCCCAUCCUGAAAAUAAGCUAUCACGAACAAGCCAUCAUUAGCAUGGCUGCUUCCGCCAAUAGUCAAUUGCUCACCUUGGGCCUUGAUGACAAACUGUGUUUAUGGCACUGGAACGCAACAAACAAAACCACCCCUCAUUCGAAUGCAAACAAUGAGGCGGGGUUCCAGACUGGUCGUAGUCAAUUGGAUACAUUCAACCUUAUCCGCUAGUCCAAGAUUUUCAAUUUCCCCAAAAUAUUUUAAUGAAUUUCAAUAGUUUGAUUGGAUAUGGCAUGCCGAAAGAGUCACAAACAAAAUGUUUUUAAAAUAAUAAAAAAAAGUUUCGCCACAA